UUUUAUAUAUUUAUUCUAUGACUUACGCAGUUUAAUAUAAACAUCGAUAUCGUAAAUAGCGUGGAUUUUAUUUCAAUGUUAAGAAAUAAACAAUUAAAAAUAAGUUAAAAUAAUUAGAUGCAAAAUGUUCAAUUACGGUCUGAGGCAUAGUAUAUUUUUAUUUAAAAAAUUACAACCUACUUUGUCGUCUUCAUUUAAUACGAUAAAUAAAACAUGUUCUAACCUUAAUGGAAUUGAAAUAAGUGGUUUUAUAAAACGUGACUUGUGCCAAUCUGUAAAACUAAAGACGAAAGAAAAAAUAGAUGAGAGUGAUCAAAGAAAAUUAGACGAACUUUUAGAAAAUCCUGAACUAAAUAAAACGUAUAAAUUGUUACAAUAUGAAAUAGAAUAUCUGCGAGAAAUGAACGAAAAUGUUCCCCAAGUCUUUCGACCAAAAGAUUGGAUAUAUUUAUUAAAUACAACUUCGAAAAAUCACCAAAGGAAACAUAUCGAGUUUCUCUUUAAAAAUGAAAUGAAAAGAAAUAACUUUAAAGAUAAAAAGAAACAGCAAACAGAAAACUUAAUAUUAAAAUUGGAACAAUACAGAAAAGAAUGUCCUAGCGGUUUAUUAUAUGGUCUUGGACACAAUUCUCUAUUUUUGCGUCUAUAUGACAAAUCCUUAGAUUAUUAUUUAAAUUAUUCUACAAUGAUGUAUUCGAUGUUUGAACCAAAAAUAGUAUUCGAUUGUGGAUACAAUAAUGUCAUGAGAAAUUUUGAAAUAAAGAAUUGUGCUAGACAAUUAUUAUUAUCUUUUGUCUUCAAUCGUUUUCAUAAUACUCCAGCUGAACUUGUUUUCUGUAAUGCAGCACCGGACAAUGAAAUUAUUGUAUCACUUAAUCAUUUGAUACCAAGUCUUUAUGAAGAUACUUUUCCAUUAAAUGUUACUUCUCAGUCUUAUCUUGAUAUAUUCGAUAAAGAACAAUUAGUUUACCUAACACCUCAUUGUAAAACAGAUAUGACAUAUUAUGAUCCUGACAAAGUUUAUAUUAUUGGUGCAAUGGUCGAUAAGUCAGUUCCUCAACCUUAUUCUUUAGCUAAAGCUAAAAAAGAAAAGAUACGCAUGGAGAAACUGCCAUUAGAUAGAUACUUAAAUUGGGGUUCUGGAAGUAACAAAAGUCUUACCAUCAAUCAGGUUUUAGCUAUAUUAUUAGAUAUAAAAUAUACUAAAGAUUGGAUGACUACUUUCUUUAAUCAUAUUCCAAUCAGAAAAUUACAGCCAGAUCAGAGAAUGUAUAAAACCAAAUUGGACAAAAAAUUAUAAAUAAUUAUUUUGUUAUUGUAUUGCUGUAUUAAGGAAAUAAAUUCAUAGAUUAU